AAAAUGCCUUUUAAAAAAUAUCACACAGAUUUGGAAAAUAUAUAUGCUGUUGAAAAGCUCAAAAAGUCUAUUAUGGUGUUAGAACAUGAUGUAACUAAAAUACAUCAAAAUCUUAAAAGAAUUGCUCUAGAAAUAUAUUACCUAUAUGAGUCUAUGUCACUUGAAGAAGAAAUUCGGAAAUGA